UGUGUAAGUUGUGCAAUUAUAAAUGUACAGAAAAUGGUAAGUUAGUUAUUCAUAUGAGGACUCACACUGGCGAUAAGCCUUUCGUUUGUAAGAUGUGCAAUUAUAAAUGUGCAGUAAACAGUAGUUUAGUGAAGCACAUAAGGACUCACACUGGCGAAAAGCCUUUCGUGUGUAAGUUGUGCAGUUAUAAAUGUCCAGAAAAUAGUAAUUUAGUGAAGCACAUGAGGACUCACACUGGCGAAAAGCCUUUCGUAUGUAAGUUGUGCAAUUAUAAAUGUACAGUAAACAGUAGUUUAGUGAGGCACAUGAGGACUCACACUGGCGAAAAGCCUUUCGUUUGUAAGAUGUGCAAUUAUAAAUGUGCAGUAAACAGUAGUUUAGUGAAGCACAUAAGGACUCACACUGGCGAAAAGCCUUUCGUGUGUAAGUUGUGCAGUUAUGAAUGUCCAGAAAAUAUAAUUUAGUGAAGCACAUGAGGACUCACACUGGCUAAGCGCCGCGGCUUUGGCUGGUCAGUAAUGCAAGGCCAGCUGUCGCUAAACUGCUAGUUCACUCCGAGCCUCCUGCGCAUGAAGCCGGCGCGGCGUGAGUUAGUGUAAGCAAACAUGAGUCGCCGCACCGGCCGCGGCCCUACGCCGCCGUUUUAUGUACAGACUGUUCACAGUAACUUGUCCCUUGCCGUUAUGUUGGCACCAUUGCUUUGUUCACUUUAUUCCUCAGAACUUAGAGUUUAUUAUUGUGUGAACUGCAAUGGUGCCAACAUGACGACAAGGGACAAGUUAUAGUGAACAGUCUGUAUACUAUUGUAUUCCCACGUGAUAAAAUGGCGGCACCGACGCGGCGCCGGUAGCCAUAUGUGUUUAGUAAAAU